UCCGGAAAACCCAUCAGUUGCGGGAACCAUUAACCAAUUCAUUCGCCAUCUACACCACAAAACGAAACUAAAGAAAAAUAAAAUCCCACCAUUACAAUGGCCAGCUUCACUACUUUCGUCCGAGAGCAGCAUAAAAAGCUUCCUCUCAUUCCGACGACUCAGGACUGCACAGGUGGGACGUAUAUUAUUACAGGGUCCAACCAAGGUCUCGGCUACGAAUGCGCAAAACACCUCAUCGCCUUGUCCGCAAAUAAAGUCAUCAUCGCCGUCCGAUUUCUCAGCAGAGGUGAUGCAGCAAAGGCCAAAAUUGAGGCUGAAACAGGUCGAAAAGGUGUUAUAGAGGUGUGGCAUCUCGACCUCAGUUCUUACGACUCUGUCAAAGAGUUCGUAAAGAAGGUGGAAACACUUGAUCGGGUCGACGCCAUCAUCGAGAAUGCCGGUAUCGCAAUGGCAGAGAGCAUAAUCGCGGAAGGACUGGAGUCUACUUUGACGGUGAAUGUCGUGAGCACGAUGCUUUUGGCCGUCCUGGUACUUCCAAAAUUGCAAGAGAGCGCUAGGAAGUUUGGGAUCGUGCCACAUUUGGUACUAGUUGGGAGUGAGGUAGCAUUCCAGGCUAAAGGCGAACUCGAGAAGAUAGACGGAGACCUAAUUGAUGGGGUGAGCCAAAGCCCGAUGCCAGGAAAGAGGUACGAAAUCUCUAAGCUGCUCCUCCUAUAUGCCAUGCGAGAGUUCGCAUCCCUUCAUCCAUAUCGCGAAACUGGAGUCGCCAUCAACUACGUCAAUCCUGGACUUUGCAACACCGAGCUGAGUAGAAAUGCGGGAUGGGUACAGUGGUUAAUUAUUGCUAUCGUGCGAACACUGCUGGCAAGAUCUGCAGAGGUGGGUAGCCGGAAUCUGCUUUACGCGGCUGUGGCAGGGAAAUAUAGCAAUGGAAAAUACAUAUCCGCCUGCGAGGUCAAAGAAGACCACGUAGCAUCGUGGGCGACGAAUGUAGUGGGCAGGCGAAUACAGCAACGUGUUUGGGAAAGUCUGCGCAAAAAGUUGAACACUAUCUAUUCGGGGUGCGUCUAAUUGUUGUGUGUUCGGAAGUUGUUCGCGGGUCAUGUAUGC